GCUGCAGACACACGCGGGGAGGAAGCGGCACGUACUGUAUACACGUGAGCUGUCCGGUUUGCCAUGUUUCCUGUCCGGUCCUCCCUCUGCGCGCCGCCGCCGCUGCCGCCGCCGCAUCCGGAGCAGGUUCAGGCUUGAUAUGAACAUCAUGUUCUUUUUCAUCUCUUCUUCCUCAUCAUAAACACAACAGAGAUCCGAACUACUGCCGAGGUGACCCGAACAAGGCCGAGGUGACCCGAACAAGGCCGACGUGAGUAGGGUCUGCCAUGUUCCCCGAUGCCCUAGAAGCAGCAGGCCGGGUCGAAGGCCUGCCACUGUCUUCCCCACAACCGCUACCAGAGCUCUAUGAAGAGGAAGCAGAGACUUCGCUGGAAAGAGGGCCCAAGAGACGAGGCCGCUACCGGCAUAGCCUGCAGCUUUUAAAGCCCUUCAGGAUAACACACAAGCAUCAGCACCCAGUCGAUAAUGCUGGCCUCUUCUCAUUUAUGACUCUGCACUGGCUCUCCCCACUGGCACUGAAGGCCUACAAGGCGUCCAGCUUGUCUAUCGAUGAUGUGUGGGGACUGUCUUGCCACGAAGCCUCGACAGUCAACUGCCAAAGGCUCGAAUACUUAUGGCACGACGAGCUGAAAAGACACGGGCGAGAGGGGGCAUCGCUGACGAGAGUGGUGUGGAGGUUCUGCCAGACCCGCAUGCUGGUGGCCAUCUUCUCCCUCCUCCUCACCAUGGUGGCAGGCUUUGUCGGUCCUGCUCUCCUGGUUCGAGCCCUGCUGGAGUACUCCCAGGGCGCGGAGUCCUGUGUGCCGUACGGCCUGCUGCUGGUCGUUGGGAUCUUCCUCAUGGAGCUGAUGCGCUCCUGGUCUCUGGCACUAAUGUGGGCCGUCAACUACCGCACGGCCGCACGCCUCCGCGGAGCCGUUCUGACUUUCGCCUUCAAUAAGAUCCUCCGCCUGCGCAGCACUAAAGACAUCAGUCCGGGCGAGCUGAUCAACAUCUGCUCCAGUGACGGCCAGAGGCUGUAUGAGGCUGUGUCGGUGGGCUGCCUGCUGGCCGGCGGCCCCCUGGUGGGAAUACUGGGUCUCUCUUACACCACGUACUUUCUGGGCCCGACCGCCCUGCUGGGAUCAGCAGUCUUCAUCUUCUUCUACCCCACCAUGAUGCUCGCCUCGAGGCUGACGGCGUAUUUCCGCAAGAAGUGCGUGGCGGUCACUGACCGGCGCGUGAGGCUGAUGAACGAGAUCCUGGGCUGCAUAAAGUUCAUCAAGAUGUAUUGUUGGGAAGAUGCCUUUGCACAGAACAUUCACAAGGUGCGAACAGAGGAGAGGAGGAUACUAGAGAGAGCCGGGGUCGUCCAGAGUCUCACAGUUGGCGUGGCUCCCAUUGUUGUGGUGAUAGCCAGCGUGUGCACUUUCACCCUACAUAUGGCCUUGGGCUAUGACCUUACUGCUGCAGAGGCUUUCACUGUCGUUGCUGUCUUCAACUCCAUGACCUUUGCCCUCAAAGUAACACCACUGGCUGUGAGGGCCCUGUCUGAAGGUGCUGUCGCAGUCAAAAGAUUUCAGAGGCUCAUCAUGAUGGACGAUAGAGAGGUGGUUUUAGUCAAAAUGGAGGAUCCCGACAACGCAGUGGAAUUUCAGGAUGCCACCCUCGCCUGGGAGAAGGCGCGUUCCGCAGCCACAAAGCCCAACCCGCCCGCCAAGAAGCGAGGAGGGAUGAAGCGGGUGCUGCGCAGGGAGAAGCUCACCCUGUACAUCUCCACCGAGGACAGCAAAGGCAGCAAGGAAGGCCCCAAUGCACAGAGCCUCCUCACAAAUAUGGAGCAGGAGAGUCCACAAAGCACCAUCUCCUCCACGCAGAGCAUACGACCCCCGCUGCACAAGACCCUGCACCGCAUUGAUCUCCGUGUUAAGAGGGGUUCGCUGGUUGGAAUUUGUGGAGGUGUUGGGAGUGGGAAAAGUUCCCUUUUGUCGGCUCUCUUGGGACAGAUGACGCUGUUGGAGGGGAACGUCGCUGUUUGUGGUGGUUUUGCAUACGUUUCUCAACAAGCCUGGAUCCUGAACGACUCACUGAAAGAGAACAUCCUGUUUGGAAACAGUUAUGACCCAAACAAAUACAGUGCUGUGCUGGAUGCCUGCUGUCUCCUCCCAGAUAUCGCUGAGCUCCCAUACGGAGACAUGACCGAGAUCGGGGAGAGGGGGACCAACCUGAGCGGAGGGCAGCGUCAGAGAGUCAGCAUGGCGCGUGCACUUUACAGCGAGCGGCCCAUCCUCCUCCUGGACGACCCUCUCAGUGCCGUGGAUGCUUGUGUAGGCGCCCACGUCUUCAGUAAAGCCAUAAAAGGGGCCGCAAAAGGCAAAACGGUGCUCUUUGUUACGCACCAGCUGCAGUAUCUGCCUCAGUGUGACGAUGUUAUUCUGAUGAAGGACGGGCAGAUUGCCGAGCACGGCACCCAUGCACAGCUAAUGUGUAAAGAGCGUGACUACGCCACCCUAUUCAGCAGCAUGCAACAGGAGAAUCUGGUUAAAGAGAACUUAAAAAACAAACAGGGCACUGGUGCAAAAAAGGCUGACAGCGCUGUUGAAGUUGCCAAGGUCGCACCGACGGCAGAGAGCAAGGGCGGGGAGCGACUCAUGAAAGCCGAGGAAAAAGGCUCGGGUGCCGUCGCCUGGUCCGUGUACGGAGCCUACAUCAGAGCGGCCGGAGGUCCGGCGGUCUUCCUCAUCAACGUCUUCUUCUUCCUCUCCACCACAGGCAGCAUAGCCUUCAGCAACUGGUGGCUGAGUCACUGGAUCAGGCAGGGCAGCGGGAACACAUCAUUAAUCUCGGUGAAUGAAACGAUGGCGAGUAACAGCAUGAGGCUGAACCCUCACAUCCAGUACUACUCCACUGUUUACGUCAUUUCCAUGGGAGCCGCUUUAUUGCUGAAGACGGCGAGAGGGCUGGUGUUUGUCAAGUGCACAGUGAAGGCCGCCUCAGCUCUCCACGACAAGCUGUUCCGCCGGCUCCUCUUCAGCCCCAUGCACUUUUUCGAUACGACACCUCUGGGUCGCAUCCUGACCCGCUUCUCCAGGGACAUGGAUGAGGUGGACGUCCGCCUGGCCAUGCAAGCCGAAAUGCUGCUGCAGAAUUUGACCCUGGUGCUCUUCUGCUUGGGGAUGGUGGGCAUCGUCUUCCCCUGGUUCCUGAUCUCGGUCUUGCCCUUGGGAAUCUUCCUCUGCAUUGUCAACCGCGUCUCCAGGGUCCUGAUUCGAGAGCUGAAGCGUCUGGAAAACAUCAGCCAAUCCCCGUUCACCUCUCACAUCACCAGCAGUCUUCAGGGACUCUCCACCAUCCACGCCUACGGCCGAGGGCCAGACUUCCUCCAAAGAUAUCAGGAAUUACUGGACACCAACCAGGCCUCCAACUACCUCUUCAGUUGCGCGAUGCGUUGGCUGGCUGUCCGCCUGGACCUCAUCAGUAUCUCUCUUAUCACCGCCGUAGCACUGCUCAUUGUCUUCAUGCACAAUCAGAUACCUCCGGCUUAUGCAGGCCUGGCAUUAUCGUAUGCAGUGCAGCUCACCGGGUUGUUUCAGUUUACGGUGCGGCUGCUCACAGAGACCGAAGCUCGCUUUACAUCAGUGGAGAGGAUCAAUCAUUACAUAAAGAGUCUGGGGAGUGAAGCACCUCGACAGAGUCCUGAGGGAAGCGCUCCUGCCCCCUCCUGGCCCCAGGAGGGUAAGAUCACCUUCCAGGAUGUGAAGAUGUGUUACCGCGAUGACCUGCCACUGGUGCUUAAGAGCCUGUCCUUCACCAUUCACCCCGAGGAGACCAUCGGAAUUGUGGGCCGCACAGGAUCAGGAAAGUCCUCUCUGGGCGUUGCUUUGUUCAGACUCGUGGAGCUGACCGGAGGCUCCAUCACCAUUGACGGGAUCAAUAUCGCACAGAUUGGUCUGGAUGACCUGCGGAGCAAGCUCGCCAUCAUUCCUCAAGAGCCUGUACUGUUCAUCGGUACAGUCAGAAGCAACUUGGACCCCUGGGAUCACUACUCCGAUGCUGAGAUCUGGGAGGCUCUGGAGAAGACGCAUAUUAAAGAGAUGGUCAGCCAGCUGCCUCACUCACUCGUCUCAGAGGUGACGGAGAACGGCGAGAACUUCUCAGUGGGAGAACGGCAGCUCCUCUGCGUGGCCCGAGCCCUGCUGAGGAACAGCAAGGUCCUCAUGCUGGAUGAGGCGACAGCAGCCAUCGACACAGAGACGGAUCGCCUCAUCCAGGAGACCAUCCGCAGUGCGUUUGGCAGCUGCACCACUCUCAUCAUCGCCCAUCGUCUCAACACUGUAAUGAGCUGCAGCAGGGUCAUGGUCCUGGACAACGGCCAGAUUGUGGAGUUUGACAGUCCCGCCGCCUUGUUGGCAGAUGAAAACUCAAGAUUCAGAGCCAUGAUCGAAGCGUCAGAAAACCAAAGCAGAUAGGAGAGCGCACCAGAGCUGAACUCUGGACGUGAUCCCACAGCGCACAAAGUCGAACGUGCAAUUACGCGUCACCGUGGCGAGUUGAGAAAUAUAGCGACGUCUCCGUGUCACAGCGUCCGUUUAUUUCCACACCAAAGACAAAGGAGCCACAUUUCUGAGCAACACAUGAGCAGCAGUAUGCAAAGGAAGAUAUGACGGCCUACCAGUGUUUGCUGGGGCCAAAUAAUUAGCUGCAAAUGAAACGGAGUUGUGACUCUGACAGUAGCACUUUAAGUUUCAUGUGGACACACUGGAGGACACACAGCACUUCCAGUCAGACUCUGAAAUAAUUUUAGACAUUUUACUUUCAGAACGAUAACCUCAUAUUGCAGGAACUCAUCGUUACAUAAGAAAUAGGAUUCAUAUUUUUAGUUUUACAUAUUUUUAGCUGCAAGAAUCUUUUCUCUUUUUUUCCUCAGUUUGUACUAAUCACUUUAUGCAGUGUACCUAAAAACAAACUUUGUUUUCCAUUCCAUUGAGGCACUGUUUGAAAUAUGUUGUUUUUAUUUGUAAUAAUGCAGUAAUUUCAGUAAAUUGUUGCAGAUGUGCCUAGAGAUAUAAACACUUUUCAGGUUAUAUAACGGAAUUAGCCAUGUAUGCAUGCUUUUUUUCCUUAGAACGCAUGCAGGUACUGUUUUUAUUUUCGUUUUAAAUCAGCUAAUGUUUCCAAAUGCUGGAGUUUAAAUUGUGCACGUUUUCUGGUGUCAAGGAGAGUUAAUAUACUCAUGAUGCAGAGGUCCGGAAGGUGAGGUACGUUGUUUGUAGCAAAGCUGAACAUCGGUGUGCUUCUUUUAAAUGUUUUCUCAAGUUUGAGGUUUGAAACUUCUGCCUUAUAAUCAUGUGCUGAACAAUCAAGAAAAGUGCAAUAUCUUCCUGUUGUUUGGAUACAGUUUUAAGAUUGCCUUUGUACACUUCAGAAUGUAACGUUGCAAUGUCUUUUUUCUGAAAUGUUUCAUUUUUAUGAUAAUGGUUUUUAAUAAAAAUAUUUUUGUAGAUGA